AUGGCGCAAAAAUCAUCCCAGACGAUUCCAAGCAAAAUCCACACGCGUGCGGACGUCGCAAAGCACAACUCUGCCGAUGAUCUAUGGUGCAUUAUCGAUCACAAAGUCUACGACUUGAGCGACUUCCUCGACGCUCACCCUGGCGGGAAUUACGUCCUCGAGCAAGUCGCCGGGCAGGACGCCAGCACGGCAUUCUACAACCUCCACAGACAUGAAGUCCUUCAGAAGUAUUCCGAGUUAUGCAUUGGCCAGAUCGAAGGCGAGAAACCCGAAGUCAUCGACCACCAGCCCGGCGACCUGUCACUCGUACCGUACGCCGAGCCUGUGUGGCUGACACCGCAGUUCAAAUCGCCGUAUUACAAGGACUCGCAUCGCUCCUUGCAACGGGCAGUCCGCGAGUUCGUCGACCGCGACAUCUACCCGGAGGCGCAGCAGAAGGAGGCCGACGGGACGUACAUCUCGCAGGAACUUACCGACAAGAUGGCCGCCAACAACUUACUCGCCAUGCGCCUGGGCCCGGGCAAGCACCUGCAAAACCGCGGGCCACUGAUUGGCGGCGUCAAGCCCGACGAGUUCGACUACUUCCACGACCUGAUCGUCGCGCAGGAGUUAUCCCGUGCGCUGGCGCGGGGGUUCCAGGACGGGAACAUGGCGGGCAUGAUGAUUUCAUUGACGGCCGUGCGGAACUGGGCCAACGACCGGGAGCUGAUGGAGAGGGUGACGGAGGAGUGUCUGAGCGGGAAGAAGUUCAUGUGCUUGGCCGUUACGGAGGCUUUUGCCGGGUCCGACGUGGCGGGUUUGAGGACCACGGCCACCAAGACCCCAGACGGGAAACAUUACAUCAUCAACGGCACGAAGAAAUGGAUCACCAACGGCAUGUUCGCCGACUACUUCGUCACCGGGUGCAAGACGGAAAAGGGCUUCAGCGUGAUCCUCGUGCCGCGCGACGACAACGUCGAGACGAAACGGAUCAAGACGGCCUACUCGACCGCCGCGGCCACGACGUUUAUCCAGUUCGACAACGUCAAGGUGCCCGUCAACCACCUCCUCGGCAAAGAAGACCAGGGCUUCAUCGUGAUCAUGUCCAACUUCAACCACGAGCGCUGGGCCAUGGCCUGCUCCGUCAUCCGCUGGAUGCGCACCAUCGUCGAGGAAUGCCUGAAGUGGUCGAACCAGCGCAUCGUCUUCGGGAAGCCGCUGGUGAGCCAGCCGGUGAUCCGCCAGAAACUCGCCAAGAUGAUCUCGCUGACGGAGGCGUGCCAGUCGUGGCUGGAGAGUAUCACCUACCAAAUGACCAACAUGACCUACGCGCAGCAGAACAAGCUCCUGGGUGGGCCGAUUGGGUUGUUGAAGAGCUAUGCCACGCGGUGUGCCCAUGAUGUCGCGGAUGAUGCGGUCAAUAUCUUUGGUGGACGGGGUCUCACGCAGACGGGCAUGGGCCGGUUCGUGGAGCAGUUUCACAGGACGUACAAGUUUGAUGCCAUCCUCGGUGGGACCGAGGAGAUCCUUGCGGACCUCGGCGUACGGCAGGCCAUGAAAUUCAUGCCCAAAGCCAUGCUAUAG